UAAAUCCCACAGAUUUCCCUCCCCUCUGACCCACAGCGGAAGCAUGCGCAGCUCCAAAAACGAUCUGGCGUGAAGUUCUCCUCCCCCAAUCGGCAACGAAUCUGCGGGCUGCUCCUUGAGUGACGAAUUGAACCAGAGGCGUUCCUCCCUCCUGCUUUGCAGUUCUGUCACACGCUAGGUUUUAUUUUAGCUCAAGUAUGAAGCUACGUUUGUUAAGGGGGAGAGUUCUUGAGCAUUUGAAGGGAAGUUUUGCACAGCCGAGAUUUCCACUAGGUCAUUGGCGAGGUUCCCAAGCAUGUUUCUCAACUAUAUCAUUAAAUGAUGGUGAGGAUAAUAAUGAAAUUGAGGAUAAUGAUUUUGUUGAAGGUAAAAUAUUAGAACCACAAGGUGUAGACCCCGAAAAGGGUGGAAACUUCAGAGGUGUGCACAAGGCAAUUAUUUGUGGCAAAAUUGGUCAGGCUCCUAUACAGAAGAUAUUAAGGAAUGGGAAGACCGUUACAAUAUUUACUGUUGGAACAGGAGGUAUGUAUGACCAGAGAAUUAGCGGAAAAGAACAUUUGCCUAGACCUGCUCAGUGGCAUCGAAUUUCUGUUCACAAUGAGCACCUCGAGGCUUAUUCUGUUCAACAGUUAGCAAAGAACUCCUCUGUCUUUGUUGAGGGCGACAUUGAGACUAGAGUAUACAAUGACAGCAUCACUGGGCAGGUGAAAAAUGUUCCCGAAAUCUGUGUGCGCCGUGAUGGAAAGGUUCGCUUGAUCAACCCUGGUGAUAAUACUUGCCAAUAAAUCAUAUGAAGGAUUACGUAUGUUUAUCUGUACUUUUGCUUUAUUUGGGGAUGGUUUGUUCUGAAUGAUUGGAUCAUGGUGCGCCAUGCUUGCUGGAAGCCUCAGGCGAAGUUUCUCUUUCUAAUCAAUACUCUUUAAUUGAUGAUCAUCAAAUUUUAUUGCUUUUGAAUUGGUGUAUGCAAAUAUGUUUUGGAUCCCGAUAUGAGAAAUUUUCUUUGAAUAGGCUUCAUAUUUA